CACUCAGUACAGAGAAUACGAGAACCAUCAAUAUCUGUACAUACAAUUUAGUAUUGUAACUAUAUACUAUUUUCAUUACAUUUGUGUCAGCUAGCUCGAGUUAGGACCCGUUUGUGGCACCAGCAUAAUGUAUCAACGGAGCACAAUGGCGAUGACAGCGAUGACGGUAGAUGAGGAGGCUGCCAAACCUGGUCGCAAAGGAAAUGGAUUUUACUGUAGCCCAGCACAGUUGUUCUUUGUGGCAAUAACAGUAGCUAUUACGAUCACGGGCGUUGGCCUGUUGUGUUAUUAUGCACCAGAUAGACCUGAAUGUAGUGGUACAGAUCCUAUUGUAGGUCUAACGACCAAAAAUGUACCUACGGAAAAGCCAAAAACGGAAAAGCCACAAACGGAAAAACCUAAAACAGAAAAACCUGUUACAACUAAGAUGAUGACCACUAAAAAAGCUACGGACGCUCCACCUACCGCUCCACAACCAACCUCUGGAGAAUGGGAAGGACGUCUUCCCAGUACAGUUAAACCGACGCUUUACACACUCUCAUUGCGACCGUACAUGUACGAGAAAGAUAUUCCCGCGAAUUCGGGAAAACGGCUAUUUUCGUUUGAUGGUACAGUCAAGAUCGAAAUCGAUUGUCUCGAAAAAACAAGUACGAUAAAGCUACACAUGAACGCUAUAAACUUAACAGCCGAACCAGUUGUGACAGAUAUCGCCGACUCAAAAAUACUGAGUAGCACAUAUACAACACAAGAAGACUACCAAUUUCUUGUUAUCAACCUGGACUCGGGAUCAUUAUUACCAGACAGAAAAUAUGAAAUAAGUUUGGAAUAUGUCGGGGACUUGUGGAACGGUCUGGCUGGAUUCUAUCGCAGCAAGUAUGUAAAUGAAGCAGGAGAGGAAAGAUACAUAGCAACGACCCAGAUGCAACCGACAGAUGCCAGACGUGCACUGCCGUGUUUUGACGAGCCCGCGUUCAAAGCUAAAUUCGACACAACUAUCAUACAUCCGAACGAUCUAACGGCUAUCACCAAUAUGCCUAACAUAACCACCGAAGCGUUAAGUGGUAAUUGGAUUGGUUGGACGAAGACAACUUUCGAUACAACGCCACCAAUGUCAACGUAUUUGUUAGCGUUUAUAGUCUCUGACUUUGAAUAUAAAGAGGGUAAAACAAGUAGAAAUGUCACGUUCCGUGUAUGGGCAAGAAAAGAACGGAUCAAUACAGUGGAUUAUGCACUCGAUUGUGGAAUCAAAAUAUUAGAAUUCUUUGAAGACUAUUUCGACAUUGCUUACCCGCUGCCUAAACAAGACAUGAUCGCCAUACCUGACUUUUCUGCUGGCGCAAUGGAAAACUGGGGUUUAAUAACAUACAGGGAAACAGCACUCCUUUUUGAUGAGAAUGAAAAUUCUGCAAGCAAUCAGCAAAGGGUAGCGGUUGUCAUUUCUCAUGAAUUGGCUCACCAGUGGUUCGGUAAUCUUGUUACUCCAAUUUGGUGGGACGAUCUGUGGCUGAAUGAAGGAUUCGCAAGCUACGUGGAGUAUCUUGGAGUGGAUCAUAUCCAUCCAGGCUGGUUGAUGAAAGAGCAGUUUGUGGUGGCGGAUCUUGAGUAUGUAUUUACCUUGGAUGGUCUCGGUAGUUCUCAUCCCAUUAAGGUUCCUGUAAGGACACCCGAAGAAAUCAGCGAGAUAUUUGACUCUAUCUCAUAUAGUAAGGGCGCUUCUAUUCUGAGAAUGUUGAAUGAUAUAUUAACGGAAGAUGUGUUUGUGAGAGGAUUGACUAAUUACUUAAACCACUACAAGUACAGUAAUGCGGAGUCUGAUGAUUUGUGGGAAUUUCUAACAUCAGCAGAUAGAGGUUAUGGAGACAACGAUGUUAAACGAAUUAUGGACACAUGGACUCUCCAAAUGGGUUACCCUGUCGUCAAUUGUACAAGAACCGACAAUGAAGUCUUUGCAAACCAGACACAUUUCCUAAUAGACCCAACAUCGGAGGUCGAAGAUAAAUACGGGGAUCAAGGGUAUCAAUGGUACGUAGAUGUGUCGCAUUCUAAUGCAGACUCUAAGUCGUGGUCGCAUAUGUGGCUCAAUAAAGGUCCAGGAACAAUUAAAUUGUCUGGAAGCCCUGCUUCAGAUGACUGGUACAUACUUAACCGAAAACAGAGCGGCUACUACCGAGUAAACUACGAUGGUGACAACUGGGAAGCUCUAAAAUCCCAGUUGGAGGCCAAUUCGUCGGCGUUUCCAGAUGAAAACCAAGCUGCCCUCAUCGACGACGCUUUUAAUCUUGCAAGAGCUGGAUUACUUGAUCAAGUCACCGCCCUUGGACUUACUACAUUUCUAAAAAAUGAGUUAAGCUAUCUACCAUGGGAAGCUACAUUAACCGUAAUGGGUUACGUACAGGACAUGUUCAGUAGAUACGAGGGAUAUGGAGCUCUUGAGACAUAUAUGCGAGAUUUGACUUUGAAUCUAUACAACUCAGUGGGUUGGAAUGACACCGGAACUCACCUUGAACAAUACAACCGUAUUAAUGCCCUUUCAACAGCAUGUGCUUAUAAAAAUGAUGAUUGUUUAUUAGAAGCAAGACGUCUUUAUACUGAAUAUAUGACAUCAUCGAAUGCUGGAAAUGAAAUGAAUCCUGUAUCACCAAACUUGCGAUCUCUAACAUACUGCAACGGCAUUCGGGAAGGAGGUCAAGAAGAGUGGGACUUUGGUUGGGAAAAGUACCUGUCGACUGAUGACUCGUCGGAAAAAUCAAAAUGGUUGUACGCACUUGGAUGCAGCCAGGAACCUUGGAUAUUGAGCAGGUACCUUGAAUUUUCGCUGGACCAAUCGAAAGUUAGAUCACAGGACGCCACCUAUGUCAUUGAGUAUGUAUCAGACAAUUAUGUCGGUAGAGCCCUUGCAUGGGAUUUCCUUCGAGCCAAAUGGGAAACCUUCAGAAAUGAUUAUGGUGGUGGAUCAUUUUCGUUUAGCCGACUGAUUUCCAGCGUAACUAAGCAUUUUAACACAGAAUUUGACCUUGCAGAGUUGGAAGCGUUUGGAAUAGACAGAGAUUUUGGAUCUGCUGCUCGUGCGUAUGAACAGAGUAUUGAGAAGACAAAAGCAAAUAUAAUAUGGAUGAAUAAUAACGCUCAACCUACAUUCGAUUGGCUGAAGGCACAAAAUCCUUGAUGAUAAUCGCCCAGAACAUCUUUUUAAAAUUUCAACCAUUUUUAUUAGUAGCCUAUACAUUUACUUAGCUGAUAUAUUAAUUUUAAUUGUAGAUAUCUACAUUUCUUGUAUAUAUCGAGAGACUUUGCAAACAUUAUAAGCAAAAUUAAAAUCGUCGGUCUGCGUUGAUUAUACUUUAGUAAUGCUUGUUAAUGGGUUUUAUGACGCCAGUGGUGUUUCUCCUUUUGCUGGCCGAAUAACAGUUACGUCAGCAUUAGUAAAAUUUAAGUCGAUCUCAUUUAUAUUUGUCACAGCACACUCUGCUUUACGAGAAUUUCGUAAGUAGAAAAACAGGUAUGAUUUAAAUAUUACACCAACAUGAAACUAAUGAAAUUUUAAUAUGGAUAAUAAUAAUAAUAUAACUGAUGGAACUGUCUCAGUUUAACUUUCUCUAAAUAAAAUAGUAUGAAAUAAGAAUUCAAAGAGUCUGCUUAUGCCAAACACACAGUUGCCGGCCUAGGACGUAGGCGAAGUUAAAUGCUUUGCGGAAAACAUUCUUUUUCUAGGCAAGAAUAAAAUUUUAUUCAUUUUCGUGGUUUUCUGAAUCGCUUAUAAAAGCUGUUCCAAUAAUUAGAUCUUUGACCAAAAUAAUACUAGCACUACAUUUUUUUUCUGUGUAAAAUGACGAGCUUAGCAUAGUUUCAAUUUAAAAAAUGUAAAUUUAUAUAAAGGUGCAUAAUACUGAAAUUUAAAUAUUUUCAAUUUUUGUGAUUUUUUUCACUUUUAUACUAUAAUGAUAUGUAGUUAAUUAUAUAACAGUUAAACUAUAUUAAAUCAAUAAUAUGUUUGCAUUUAAUUAUAAAAAUGGAAAUUAUAAUGUGUAAGAUAAUUGUCAAAUGACACUACAGUAGCUUAAUAGUUGGUAUCUCGUACCGUAUAUUAUUAUUAUUUAGAAAACGUAUUAGCGUUUUUGCUAUUCGAAACUAAUUUAUAUCUAAUAUUUUUAUGAUUUUUUUCUAUAUAGGUAGACUUUCUCCGUCAUAUACGUCUAAAUAAUACUCCGACAAACCCUUUGAAAUUAUAUUGAUACAAGAUAAUACAAUAAUAUGAUACAAGAUGUAUUUUAAAUUGUGUUGACUGAUUAAUUUAACGUAAUUUUUUUGAUUAUGACGUCAUUUUGUGAAUCAUUAUUGCGUGUAAUAAAUUGAUAUUGAUUUUUA